AUGAGUCUUGAUCAUCACCAGUUCCACCAAGCAAACUCCCGGAACUCUAAACCAUACAUCUCGUAUGGUAUUCCGUUCUGGCGCGCUUGCGCACAUCAUGCAAAGGCCUUGAAUUCACAUCGUAUCUACAUUGUCGCAUCUAGGUCAUUAAGCAGAAGCCAAGCCCUAGAGGAUCUCAAAAACGCUCUUGGACUCAUUCAUAUUGUUGGAGAGUACAAUGGCAUCGCUCAACACACGCCAUGGGAACAGGUCUUUGGACUUUUGCGUGACUUGAGGCAAACACAAGCCGACCUCAUCAUCACACUUGGCGGCGGCUCAGUCACGGAUGGUGUGAAACUGGCCCGGCUGCUGGCUGCAAACAAUGUCACGACCUUGGAGCAGGCUGACUCCCUCUUGUCUCACUGCGAACCGGGCAAGCCCAAACCAAGCGACGAGACAGUACAGCCGGCAUCCAUCCCCGUUAUAAAUGUGCCCACUACACUAUCCGGGGCAGAGUUUACACGCGCCGCUGGAGCCACAAAUACACAGUCUGAUCAUAAGAAAAGAAUCAUUAUCCACCAGUCCAUGUAUGCCGACAUUGUUGUCUUGGACCCGGAGCUCUCUCUCGGUACCCCUGCACGUUUCUGGUUUUCAACGGGUAUUCGGGCGGUUGACCACUUCGUCGAGGGCAUCUAUGGCAAUAUGGCCACCACCAUGGUGCAAGGCGACAACAGCGGAAGCGACCAACUCAUCAUUGAGAAGGAUAUCCAGGCGUCCCUUGGUGCUUUACUGGUCGCUCUACUGCAUACAAAAGAUGACUGGCAGAACUGUGACGCCAGACUACGCCAAAUGUUGGCCCUCAAGGAUUGUCCUCGCGCAGGCCACAAUGGCGUGGGAGCUAGUCAUGGCAUCGGACACCAGCUUGGCCCGUUUGGGGUCGGGCAUGGAGAGACAAGUUGCAUUAUUCUACCCUGCGUGCUAAAGUACAACUGGAGCCAUGGCGAUGCUAGACUGCGAGCCAAACUACAGUUGAUCACGGACGUGUUUUGGGGGAAUGCGGUGCUGACCAAGCUGCUGGUCGACAGAGGAUUGCACCCUCAAGAUACGGAUCCAGGAGACGUAAUAGCGGCUUAUAUCAGUGCCCUGGGAAUGCCAAAUUCACUGGCCAAGUAUGGUAUACACGAAGCCCAGUUUCAUCAGAUAGCAGAAAACGCUAUGGAGGAUGUCUGCACACAAGUUAAUCCGGUUGAGUUGGACAAGAAUAAGGUAGUUGAGAUUCUGUACAUGGCAGCAUAG